AACAACUGUACAAGUUGAUCGGAUUCAACUUUAGCAAAUCAACCAUGGAGCCUAGCAGCACUGCCGAUCUCAGACGAUGGCUCACUACUCAUGGCGGUUUUAUUCAUCCGUUCGUCUCUUUAUCCCAAGGCAAAUUCGGACUCUCUGCCAUCGCGCAAGACACUAUCGAUGCUGACACUACGAUCGUAUCUUGUCCAUUUUCACUGGCCAUCGACCUGGAGUGUUCUCUGCAUGCUCUGACCGCGCUAUUUGGCGAAUCGUCUCUCGUUGACCUACAAUCAUGGUCGGAAAGGCAGCUUAUUUGCACUUACAUAUGCUUACACUGGAUCUUCCCUGAUUCAAGCCCAAUUCCCGACGUCCUUCGACAUCUUCCUUACUUGAAAAGCCUUCCACCUGCGGACGCACUCCUAACGCCACUUCAAUUCACGCCAUCUGAACUCGAAGCCUUCCGAGGGACUAACAUCUACGGCGCUACCCGCGAUCGUCAGGAAAGCUGGAAUGCUGAAUGGGAUAAAUGUCGAACCUUCAUCAACGCUAUUAAUGCGGAUUGGGCUGAAAGAUACACUUGGGACAAAUAUCUAAGGGCAUCGACGUAUCUUUCAACCCGCGCAUUUCCGUCCACGCUUCUAUCUCGAUCUCCUACGCUGCAAACCACCUCCUCGAGUUAUCCGUUCAUGCUUCCGGGCGUGGAUAUCCUCAACCAUUCUCGUGGACAGCCUGUCUCUUGGUGCACGUCGUAUCCGGAAGAAAAAGUCUUCAACAACUAUGGACUCAAAGCGAAUGACGAACUGAUCCUUGGAUAUGGCUUCUCGCUCCCACAAAACCCGGAUGACAAAAUUACGCUACAGCUUGGUGGGUCCUCUAACAAGUGGGUGAUCGGUCGUCUUGCAAGCGGUGUGGAAGGACUCUGGAACGAAGUAAGGCGAUUGGUGGCUGAAAUCCCGGAGGAGAUAGGGUAUGAAGAUGAUUUAGAAGCAGCACAGCUGUUGUUGGAAAUGGUUCAAAAGAAGUGCGAUUUGCUUCCAGAUCUCCCGGACGAGAACGACGCUGGCAUACGCUCGGCGGUGAGACUGAUGCUCAAACAUUACCUAGAAGGACAACGUGACAUACUUACUUCAUUGAAGUUGCACUUUGAGAAGAGACAAGAGGCCGCAGUAGAGGCCGCAAGGGAUGAAGGCAUUGAAUUAGUGUUUGAUGAUGAAUGAAUAUGGAGAACUUUUAUUGCGGGUACACACCACUAGUGCGGCCAUUGCUUUCCUCAAUCUAAUCAGUGUCAGGCGAUUUUCGGACCUUCUGCAAUUGUGCUCAAUCCAUGCAACAUCGUGUCAUAUCUAUUCUCGCUGAUUGGGUGUCGUGGCAAAUCGAACUGCAGCCGUGAUGACAUCCUCAGUUCCAUCGAGAUAUCCGAUAAAGGCUGUGAGGGAGGGCUUGGGAAGCCAAUUGAAGUUGUGUUUGGGGAUAAAUGGAUACAUCUGUGAGUACAUGAGUACCAAAACACCUUAUCCCUCGAAACUGCCGGCUAAGCCACGCCCGGACUUCCCCUCCCAUUAGUGUGCAUAAUUGGUCUCAGAGACAUCACAUAGAACCUAUUCCCUAAACUGCUCAAUGCGUACACAGUACCUGGUUCGCUAUGCAUUAUUGUCGUCCCUUCAUGAUUUGAAGUCAUUUUUGGUACACUCAUACC